AUUUUCUCAGUUGAAUAAAAUUCUAAAUAGCAAGACAAUGCAAAAAAUUGUUCUCCUCCUCUGUUUUGCCAUUUUGCACACUGCCUCUGCGUUAGAAUGCUUCUUUUGCUGGGGUCCUACAUGCGAAACAGAGACCAAAACCUGGAAUAAGGGGACAUGUGGCGCAUUUACUUCUCUUCCAGCAAAUUACCAAGUUGCCUGCCUAAAAUUGAGCUUUAAAGACAAGACGACACAGAAGAUGGUGGUAGAAAGAAGAUGCACUGUAGCCGAUUUAAAAGACGGGAAACUAAGCUACAAUUGUCAAAAUGCCGGUGACCAACCCAUAUGUCCUGUGUGUCAAACUGACUUGUGUAAUUCUGCGAAAAGCAUCAGUUUCGGCUUUGUGGCACUUUGCGGUGUCGUUUUGGCGAUUGCGGCGCCCAAACUUUUGUAAAAUAACCCCACCCCUUCGCUUGUGAUUCGUGGGAAAUGGAUGAUGUUUUGAAAAACAAACCAAGUGUUCAAGGCCCGUAAGCCGUGUAUAUGUCUUCGUUAACUGUGUUUACUUUUAUUAUAUGUUUGAAUGUCCGUAGUACGAUAUUUUU